AAAUGCACAUAAACAUGUGUUUCCUGUUAAGAUUUAGUGUACUCAGUGGUUAUGCCUGAAGAGUGGGUCUUGUCUUUAGACUGAUAACUGCCAGGAAAGAUAAAUGAAUGUCCUAGAAGCCAAGCGUGUCUCCUCCUCAUUGGAGUGAAAAACAACCCCACCUCCCGGUUCCCACGGAGUACCAUCUACAGAAAAUGCAUCACGGUCUAAGGAUGACGGCCACCUAGAUUCAUGCACCCAAUCGGUACAGUUGUUGCGGAUGGUUUGCCACCUGAACGCUCCUCAAGCACCUGUCUGGGUCCUGUGCCUGUUUCUGAAAUGUCUCUGCUUCAUGCUUUGGGCCCUGUGCAGACCUGGCUGGGACAAGAGCUAGAGAAAUGUGGCAUUGAUGCCAUGAUCUAUACUCGCUAUGUCCUCAGUUUGCUGCUGCAUGAUAGUUAUGACCACGACCUGCAGGAACAGGAGAAUGACAUCUUCCUGGGCUGGGAAAAGGGAGCUUACAAGAAAUGGGGGAAGAGUAAGAAAAAAUGUUCUGAUCUAACACUAGAAGAAAUGAAAAAGCAGGCUGCUGUUCAGUGUCUUCGCUCCGCUUCUGAUGAAAGCUCUGGGAUUGAGACUUUAGUGGAAGAGCUUUGCUGCAGGCUGAAAGACCUACAGAGCGAACAAGCAGAGGAGAAGAUUCACAAAAAACUUGAGGGCUCUUUGCCUCCUGAAGUUGAUUUAUCUCCUGGAGCAAAGGAUCAAGUGGAAAUGUAUUAUGAAGCAUUUCCACCACUUUCCAAGAAACCUGUCUGCCUGCAAGAAAUCAUGACUGUAUGGAACAAAUCCAAAAUCUGCUCUUACUCCAGCUCCUCCUCCUCCUCUUCCACUGUCCCAGCAACGAGCACCGACACGUCGUCUCCAAAGGACGGCAUUAGUGAAAGCGAAGUGUCCAAAGAAAGAAGCAGCAACAAAGUACCUGUCACUGUACAUGAGAGAGCCACACAGAAAGCCGAUAAAGGUGAAAAGGAGAACAAGUUUGGGAACAGCAGUUUUGACGAGAAACCCGCUUUAUGCAAGAAACAGGUCCGACAUAAAUCUGAGGGAAAGAUGCGUCCUCAGUCCUGGUCUUCUGGCUCCAGUGAAGAAGGUUCAAAUUCUAGUGAUAACCAAGGCGAAUUAAAAGCAGCUACAAAAUGUGUAAAAGUGAGGCAUAAAACAAGGGAGGUUCGGAGUAAAAAAGGACGGAAUGGACAAAGCAGACACCUGGCAAAAGCUGGUGAGAAAGCGGAGAGGAAAAUCCAUGGCAGUGGCGGCAGCAACGGAUCCAUUAAGCAACUGUGCAGAAGGGGCAAACGGCCGCUUAAAGAAAUCAGAAGGAAAGAUGCUGGCCACUACGACAGAAAAGAGCUGUAUUUCGAUGGCAGAAAUGAAAAGGAGUACAAGGAGGAGCCCUUGUGGUAUACUGAGCCGAUUGCAGAAUACUUCGUUCCCCUGAGUAGAAAAAGUAAGCUUGAGACAACGUACCGCAACAGGCAGGAUGCGUGUGACGCUACAUCAGAGGCUGUCGAAGGAUUAGCUGAAUCAGUGGAAGGUCUUUGCAUUAGCAACAAUAAUAUUAAUAAAACAUACCUCGCAGCAGGUACUUUCAUUGACGGCCACUUUGUGGAAAUGCCUGCAGUUCUAAAUGAGGAUAUCAGCCUCGCUAGGACCUCAAUGUGUUCUCGACCGGAGGACGACACUCACUUGGAUGGUGUUCAUCUGUCAGAACUAACACACUUCUAUGAAGUGGAUAUUGACCAAUCCAUGUUGGAUUCUGGUGCCUCAGGCAAGAUGGAAGGAGAGAGUCGGAUUUUGAAUAUGAUUCGGCAGAAAAGCAAAGAGGGGACGGACUUUGAGGCAGAAUGUUGCAUAGUGUUUGAUGGAACGGAGUUGCAAGGGGAAAGUGCAAUACGGGCAGAUGCGGCCCCCUCCAGUGCUGAAGGGUGGUUCUUGCAAGAUCUCAGCAAUUUAGCUCAAUUUUGGGAGUGCUGUUCAACUUCUAGUUCUGGUGAUGCCGAUGGGGAGAGCUUUGGAGGAGAUUCUCCUAUAAGACCUUCCCCUACCUUAGACAGCACAAUGCUUAAUUCACACAUGCUUGCAGGCAAUCAAGAGCUGUUUUCAGAUAUUAAUGAAGGGUCUGGUUUAAAUUCUUUUUCAGUGUUUGAAGUGCAAUGCAGUAAUUCUGUCUUACCAUUUCCUUUUGAAAAACUCAGUUUGGGAAAUGAAAAUAGAGAUUGUAGUAGCAAUGUUGGUAUGUUUGGGAAAAAACAGUCUAGAUUGUUAAUAUGGACCAAAAAUAGUGCCUUUGAUGAAAACGAACACUGUUCUAAUCUGUCGACGAGAACGUGUAGUCCAUGGUCAUACUCUGAAGAAACACGCUCAGACAAUGAGACUUUAAAUAUUCCAUUUGAAGAAUCUCCUCCAUUUAACUCAGACGAUGUUAAUUACGUAGUUCCCAGAGUAUCCUCAAGUUACGUAGAUGAAGAAAUUGGCGAUUUUUUGCAGGAGGAAACCUGCCAGGAACAGGCUAGAACUUUAGGAGAAAUGUCUACCUUAAUUUUUACAAAAAAAUCUAAACUAGAAUCUGUCUGUGGUAUUCAGCUAGAACAAAAAGCUGAAGAGAAAGAAUACGAAGCUACGCAGCCGUGCAGCGACAGCAGCCCGCACGAAGAUGACUAUGGCUCAGGGGGUAUCAAAGACAUCUGGACAAAUAUGGCCGAGGAAAAUUCUGCAGCGAUCGUAGAGAUAGAUGGGAUAGAAGAGGAGUUGUUUUCUGCUGAUGUAAAUCAUUACUGCUGCUGCUUAAGUGACGCAAAAGUAGAAAUUCUUCAGGAUCCUAGCAAGGCGGUGCAGAGAUCGGAGUAUCAUCUUUGGGAAGGCCAGAAAGAGAAUUUGGAGAAAAGAGCUUUUGCUUCAAACCACGUAUCCAAAGUGGAUUGUGGGGAUUAUACGACGCCCUCCAAACCAUGGGAUAUUAACCAAGACAAAGAGAGUGCGUUUAUCCUUGGUGGCGUUUAUGGGGAGCUGAAAACGUUCAGCAGCGAUGGCGAGUGGGCCGUUGUGCCGCCCCGCCAUCCAAGAGGAAACCUGCUCCAGUGCGCAGCUUCCGACGUCGUAACGAUCGCUGGGACAGACGUGUUCAUGACGCCAGGAAACAGCUUUGCCCCCGGCCACAGGCAGUUGUGGAGACCCUUUGUAUCCUUUGAGCAGAGCGAGCCGUUGAAGUGUGGUGAUCACGGAUUAAAUAGGGGGUUUUCGUUUAUCUUCCAUGAAGACUUGUUAGAAGCCUGUGGUAAUUUUCAAGCUGAAGAGUCGGGUCUCGAGUACUCCUUCUCUUCUUUUGACUUGAAUAAUCCAUUUUCACAAGUUCUUCAUGUGGAAUGUACUUUUGAACCGGAAGGAAUUGCAUCCUUCAGCCCUUGCUUUAAACCCAAAUCAAUCCUUUGCUCUGAUUCUGACAGGGAAGUUUUUCGCCCUAGAAUCUGUGGCCCUGGGAGGACCCAGUACAGAGCAAUACGGAUUUCUCCCAGAACUCACUUUCGCCCAAUUUCUGCAUCUGAACUUUCUCCAUGUGGUGGAAGUGAGUCUGACUUUGAAUCGGAGAAAGAUGAGGGGAACAUUACUGCCCCUUCUCAAGCUGAAGUGUUUGAUGAUCCCCAAGCAGAUCUCAAACCACUGGAAGAAGAUGCAGAAAAAGAAGGGCAUUAUUAUGGCAAAUCAGAACUUGAGUCUGGGAAGUUCCUUCCUAGGUUAAAAAAGUGUGGGAUGGAAAAGAGUGCACAGACAUCUCUGGACUCCCAGGAAGAAUCAUCUGGAAUAUUGGUGUUAGAAAAUGAAAAUUCUUGCUUAGAGUGUGGUAUGAAAGCACUACAAGAUUCGAUGGCUGUAGAAAACUCAGAAUCUAGUUGCAUCGUUGUGGAACCACAAGAAGAGGAAGACAAGUUUUGCAGUUGUAAAGAUAAUGCAUAUGAAAAUCUUGUUUCUUCAACACAGCUGAAGGAGUUUCCUGUACUGAAUACUGAUCAUCAGAAGAUAAGCUACAAUCAAGCCAAGCAGUGCUGGUGGGAGAAAGCUCUCUAUACACCGCUCUUUCCUGCAUCGCAGUAUGAAGAAUGCUGUGCAAAUGUCAAGAGAGAAAAUGGUGUUGGAGAAUUCACAGAUAGAAAAGAAACGCCACCCAGCGAAGAACAUCCUCUAGAUUUUAACAUGGUUUCCUCUGUGCACGAAGCCAGGUGUACGGAUCCUAGAAGGUCUGAAACAAAAUCAAAUGGUUUUAGGAAGACGCUCUACUCCAGUGACAGUUCUGACAGCACCGCGUCCGAAGGUGGAAAUGGGUGGACAGAUCCUUGUGAGGAAGAACUUUUCUCUCGAACUCACCUGUGAAAAGCGCAGAUUUAAAAUAGUUGGUUGAAGAAUAGCAUGAGAUGGGAAACUCUUCCAGAGGGCCUGUAACUCAUCGAUUAACCGAGUUCUCCCUGCAGUUAAUGGAUUCAGAAGUGUAUUUAUCUUUCUCUUCUUGAUAUUUUAUUUUCAAUAGUUGGGAUCAUGGUCCCAUUGAAGGCUUUUUUUUUCUGCCCUCCAAACUGUUAGCUCCCUGGCUAUUUGGACCUAGAGUAGAUUGUGUUGUCAAAUCAAGAAUGGGUCUGCAUGUGAUUGUCUUGGUAGUCUCACUGCUCAUUUGCAUCCCAGCUGCAGUUACUUUUAUUUUUAACUGUAGCCCUAUCAGUAUUACUAUCUUACUAGCAUUGCAGUGUCUACAGCUAUUCAGAGAUUUAUCUUUUGGCACAUUUAGGCUUUUAAGAUUUGGGAGAUAAAUACUUAACACUGUAAUCUAUCAGUGCCUUUCUGAAUGUGAGAGGAAAGCAUGCGUGACUUGUCCUAUCUUUUAAGAUCGUCUAACUCUGGAGUAGGAAUUCUUGGGAUGCGCUUUAGAGACUUUCAGAAACUGUGUUUUCUAUUCUAGGGUCUCACCUCCUAACUCACAUGUAACGAACACAGUUGAAACUCUCUGUUACCUUCCUGCUAACUGAAGAAGCUGAGGAUUUUUGCAGACGUAGUGGCGGGGAGAACCCGUUUCUCCUCUCCUCUCCUCUUGUUUUCAGGGCUCAGUAUUUCAUCUUUUUCAGGGCUCAGUGUUGUAAAGUAGAAAAUUAAAGACAUGUGACAUGAUAACCCAAUCCCAAGCACCCUUACAUCAAUGGUACAUACUUGUAGUUAUGGUUAGGGUUGUACCAUUAAAUCCUGCAAGGAAACAAACGGACAGUAAACUUGGUUACACGCUGGUCAAAAUGACCGAAACCAUCAGAGAGUCAACGUUCAGCACAUCAUCAUCAUCUGCAGAGGGUUAGUUUAUCACUCAUCAUAAAUCCAGUGGCUCCUACAAUUAGCUACUAUUGUGGCUCCGAUUUAGUAAAACUUAUAGCUAACUCUGUGUCCCGAGAGAAUGUUAGGAGUAAGUUGUGUGUUUGUGGGUGGGAGUGGGGAACAUGACUUUCCUGUGUGAUCGCAGUCGUGAUUGUUGCUUUAUGUGACCUGCUCUUAAAGUUUAUUUUAACAUGGUCAAUGCAUCUGUCAAGUUGUGAUGUGCAAGACUAUCAACUCCCUGCGCUGCUAAUGUAUUAUGCAAAUCAUAAGGCCAGGAGGAGCAAUAUUGGUUUGUACCAUUUCAUCAUUUAAAAAUCAUCUAUACAAUAGCAGCAUGUUUAAGACAUCAGAAAGUACAGAAAGUUUACUCUAGACUUGAAAAUGCUAAGCCAUUAAUUUUGAUAGGCAAGAAACUCGUUAACAAUUAUAGUUCUUUGAAAUGGUAAGCUGAACUGGCUUUGAAAUUGUACUCUGUGCUAGAGAGCUAAACUGAAUAUGAGUUUUUUUGCCUUUUCUUAAUUGAUAGUACACGACUUAAGAUCUAGGACAUCAACACCUUAUAAGGUUGCAUGUAUCCUUUCUGUUGAAGCUUAGACUCCAUUGGCUGGGUUUGUACUUUCCAGGGAAAUGUUAUUAAUAACUGCUUUUAAACUACAUUAUUUUUAGCAUUCAUUCAACAAAUCUUUACAGUGUUGGGUUUUUUUCCUUAUUUGAGAUUCUGGAUAAGUUUUUAUAUAUUUACUUUCUUCUGGAGCUUCCUUUAAAAAUGUUGUAUAGCACAUGCACUGAGAACAUUUGUCUGUCAACAUGAAAGCAAAAAGAACGAAACUGAUAAAUCCCUAGUGAUUAACUUAACUAGAGUCAUUGCUAGAAUAAUAAAUGACCAAAUGGGAAUAUUUGUGGGGGGAACCCACACCUUUUUAACUCAUUUAGAUAGAAAUCUCAGUGAAAGGGUGGUUUGUUACAUUAUGAUUUAAUAUUUUAACACCUUUAAAAAUGUACAUGUUACAUGUGUGGGCAAUAACAAAUAAUAUUUAUUUGUUUUGUAAUUGAAUGGAUAAAAUUCUGAAGCUUUCCAGUGAGAAGGUUGAUGUGUGAGUUUGUGUUUUUGUUUUUCUGCAAGGAUAAUUUAAAAGUGGAGAUGCUGAAUUGCACUGUGGUAUGAAGCGCGUCACAUACCCAUAGCACUGACGUACCCGUUUUUCAUUCCUGGGCUGAAUUCGUUUCUCCUUUUUCGCUUCAAGUGGUUGUAUUGUUCUGAUUUCACAUACACCAGAGUAACUGAAUUUGUUUUUUGUGGAGUUACUUAACACCAAAUAAAAAAUAAAAGGACA